UCCCUCUUCCAACAACAUGUGGGGUCAAGGUGAGUUAAGGGACCUGCAAUGCAACUCUAAGAUACCACACAAAUUAAUUUAACUGCCGUUUUUAAGUUUUAAUCACUCAUUGUUCCUGCUUACUUUCAGUAGAUGUGUUGUGCAGUUCGAUGUGUUUUCCCAAAGGAUACAACAGAGGCUCAGAUAUGGGAAGUGAAUACAGGUACAACCAGUCCCCAGGUGGAUUCACCACCUCCCAGUCAGGACAGAAGACAACCACAGUGUUUCUUUUAACCCUGACGCCAUCACAUAACCCAUAACUGCUUACUGCACAACGACACAAUGUUGUCUUGGAAUGCAUUGAGCUAGCAUUCCUAUCUUAGAAAGUAGAUGACCUUUAGUGUACCAAAAUGUGAUGCUUCUCCAUUGACCUGCUGUGACAGAGGUCAGCCAUCCAGAUGAUGCCAUGUCUCAGCUGCUGUCUGCCACAUUUGCCAGGGAAGUCUUCGGCGUUGGCGACGUCGAGGUCAACCAGGAGAACGGAUCCCUCAGUAACCAAUGUCCUGUACUCUGUGGACGACGUGACUGGACCACCGUUGGACGUGAAGCUAUGGGUGUACACUGCGGAUCCUUGUGUGGACAGUACUUUUGUUCCCCCAGGGACUUAUGUCAAAGUCUCUGGAAGUCUGCGCAUCAUUCAGCCAGUCCUUGGAGUUUCUAAUCAGCAAAGCCACAUCUUCUCCACCAUCGAUGACAAGCAUUUCAAGUCCACUACUGGCUAGAGAAUGUCUUCUGUCCACUUACAUGAAUGGCUAUUGGAAUUUGUUUCAUAAAAAGACUAAACAUUUUGUUUUAUCAACAUGCAUGACCGAUACUUGUGAUGGGACCAAUUCUUUAGAAUGCAUUAUAUUAUUUGUUAAUUAUUAUUUACACUCAAAUAUGGUGAUUUGGUAAAUGUGUUGACUGUGCCCUUAUUUGUUUUAUAUUGUGUAUUUAUUUUAUGUUUGAGGUCCUCAAUGGUAUGUGACAGCUGAUGAUGCACAGUGUAAAAUGUUGACUGGCUAAAUGAUUGCUUGGUGAAAUAUCAUUAUGCAAUAUAAAUCAU